GAUCCUCGCGUACUGAUGCGCUUUGAUGCGCCAUGAAGCGCUGAAGCGUCCUCAAUCGAAGCGUACUGGAGCCAUAUGCCCAUUUGUAAUUCCAUGUCCCGCGGGCCGCCCGCAAAAGGCUACAUAUUUUGCGGUACGGGUUUGGUCAGCCAUUCUGAGGACCACAGCCCGCGCGAGACAAGCCUGCCGUGACCCGCUUAAAGACGAACCCGCUACGGUUCGGGAUGGAACGAGACGGGAGAACCCAAUUGCCAUCUCUACUUCUUGCAGUCCUAAAUCCGAUUUCAAAAGCUUCACAAACCAUUCCCAGUACACAUUAUUUUCAAUCUCAACAACAGCCAACACAAUUGGCACAAUCCUUUUGUCUCCAUCUCUGCCUACAGCAGCUAGUAGAUGCUCUUUAAUAUAACACUUCAAGAAUGCACGAUCUAUCCCUAUGAUAGGCCGACAUGAUAUUCUCUCUGAGAUGUGAAACAAACAUAUAACCUAUCAAACCUUUGCUUGCUUCCUGGAGUAGCACCGGGAAUAGUGUCAAUAACCAUUUUUGUAUACUGAUUGGACAUUUUUAUCUCAGCUUCAUAAUCCCAUAUAUGUGAGAAAUGCACUUCAUGGCUUGUUUUUCUCUGUCGGAAUAUCUUAGACUUCGCUUUUUCACAUUGUUCCUCUGUGACAAUAAAAUUAUACCCUCUCUUGACCUCUUCAGCCAUCUCCUAUUUCGUAAACUUCCAGUUGAUCCUUAAUCUCUCCGCAAACAGCCAAGCAAUUGACGAUACCUGAAGUAUCUUUGAGUAGCCUGAUCUCAUACAAUUAUGCUCAUUGAUAAUUCGAUAUACACUUUCACUUGCAUCUUGUGCCUCCUUGGUUCGUAAGAACAGUAAAUCCUCCAAGGGAAAUUUGACUCAACAUCAGAGCAUCUCGCACCCAUCUUCCUUGAUGUAGACUUGUACAUUUUAAUGUCGUAACGGGUCUUCAGAGAGUACCUUAACAUUGCCAACUUGAAAUCUGCUGCACAAGCAAAUGUCUUCCCCAAUGCCAAAAGCUCUUCACUGUCAGCACUAUUGGAAAACAACUCUCUUCGUUCUACCUCCUCUUCGUAUUCAUUAGAAGACAAUGGAUCCAGUAUCUUCUCAUCAUCCUAAAUAUCAUCACCACUCUCUCCAUCACUUACAUUCUCUUCUUCCUCCCGCGACAUCUCCAAAAUGUUGUGAUAAGUCCUCACAGUUCUCUUCUUCCACGCCUAAUCCAUUUUCUCCAUUCUCUUCUACUUGAUUUUCUUCAACCUCAUCCUCUUUGUUAUCACCACCAUCUCCUUCUCCCUCAUCUCGGUCGACAUCCUCAUCCUGACGGUCUCUGUCAGUGUCGGUUCGAACCAGGUUCGUUGCGUCUCUCAUCUGCGGUGAUUCGCUCAAGCUCACGACCUUUUCCUGUAUCGUGCCCCUCUUCAAUUGUUUCACUCUUUGUAUGAUGAGACUACGCUAAACCAAAGUUCAAGGACAGAGUAUUAUGACUUAGUCUUCAAGUUAUUUCCUAUGUUUAUGCAAAUAAAAAGAUCACGACUCCACUUCCUGUUAUGUAGGAGAAGAGUGAUCCACUUUCCCUUUCACGUUUUGUAGGAGUUUGCUUCAUGUAUAUUUUCUAUUUAAAUCAAUGAAAACAACAAAAAGAGGUAGUCAUAACUACCCAAAAGAAAAGCUUGUUCUAGUGUGUUCUUAAUUUGUUCUUGAACAAAUUCUCUUUGAUUUGAAGAGAGAUCUUAAUUGGUAUCAAAUCACAUGUUUCUAGAUCAACAUUGAUAUCUCUUGGCAAGGGACCUAUCAUUGUAGCCUUUUAAGACGCCUAUGAUAAAGCUUCUUCGGCCUCUCCAUCUGUUUUCUUCAAAUAGUCAAGAGUUAAACUUUCUUCCUAUGUAAGUAAUCUAAGGAUUUUGGUGAAUGAUUUUGGAAAUUAGGAAUUGCUAUCGAUGGAGGAGAAGAGAAGACCAUGAGUUUCUUUAGGAUGUUUAAAACGACCAAGUCAAAAAUAAGUUAACAGUUGACUUUAGGAUGUUUAAAACGACCAAGUCAAAAAUAAGUUUAUGCUAAGGUUUAUUUUAACUUAUUUUGUUAAGUUGGGAAUUUUAUCGACGUGUUUUUCCCGCGAAAGAUUCAAAAAAUUCAAGUUUAAAUAAUCCGACUCAAAACCGAACAGCUUCAAGCUCACCCCGAAUCACAGAAUCAGCAACACGAAUUGAUUCCUCUUCCUCUCAUAGCAACCACGUGUUCUUCAGCAUCACUCUCUUAUCUCGAUUUUCACGGAAAAAAGAAAAACAAAAAUAGAUUCUUUUGCCGUCAUGAAGAAUUUGUUUCCGUUUUCGGACGCUCUCUCACUUCGUUCCACAUUAAUCUCUCGCCGUUAUCUCGUCUUUUUAAGAGGGGGAAAGCUUUGAUGAGGGAGGGUCACGGCUAGAAGAAGAUUAUGAGUUUGUUGAUUGUUGCUGAAGCAGAACACACCUCACAAGAGCCUUAGCAACAAGAAACAAAUAAAAAAAUGGCCGAGACGCGAGCUCAGCAUCGCAGGCGAGUGACAUCACUGACAUGGGAUGACGUAGAAUCUAAACAAGAUGUGUUUCGUAACACCUUAUCUCGACUCUCAGUAAGGUCUAUCCGUUCAGUGAAAACGGUUAACAGAUACUGGUAUGGCUCAGUUAGGGACAAACAUUUUGCUACGAUACAUCUCGCUCAAUCGAGAAAGAAGCCCUCAUACAUAGCUUGUCCAAGAGUAAACAACGCUAUGGAGCUGUAUUUGUUGAAGCCAGGGAAGUUCAACUAUCGACACCACGCUACAGUUGAUCCUCCGGGAAGAAGCGCUGAGCACCAGAUGCACAUGAUAGCGUCGUUCAAUGGAUUAGUAUGCUGCAUCAACCAACUCUCUGAUGAACAUGAAGAAGAUUACCAGAUAUGGAUCUGCAAUCCUUCUACUGAACAGACUCUGCUUCUUCCUCAGGGCAGACCAUCGUUUUGGACUGAACCAAGCAUCGGAGUUGCAUAUGGUCCUGACAUUAGCGAGUACAAAAUUUUCCGCAUAGUCAAUGAUGGUGAUAAAAUCACUGGAGAAGGUUUUCACAUAGAAUGGGAGGUGUAUUCUUCUAGCACUGGUGCGUGGAGGAUCAUCGGCGCUGUGCCUCAUCUUCCAAUGUAUGUUUUUCUUAGCCCACAUAGAUCCAGUCAUGUCUUUGUAGGAGGAAAGAUGUACUGGCUUGUUUCUUUGGAAGAUCCUGGUAUAAUCCUCUACGUGGAUAUGGAAGAGAGAUUCGGAGUUAUGGAGCUGCCUCACUAUCCAACAGAACUGCGUGAAGAAGACAGGAUAACAGAUUGCACAUAUCUGAUAAACCUGGGAGGAUCACUCUCACUUGUAGUUCUACAUGGGGAUUACUUUGACAUAUGGGUGUGGAAAGAAGCUAGUUGGGUCCUUGAAACCAGAGAUGAAUUUGAAUUCCUGGACGAUGAUGAAAUUGUAUUAUUCCUGACCUCAUCAGACAAGGAGAUCCUGUGUGUGACUGGGUCGCACAUGUGGACUUAUCAUUUCAAUACUACGAUAAUAUGUUUCCUUCUUCAUUGCUCUGUAAUACAAUGUGAUAUGUUGUUUUAUUGAGCCAGGCAAUGGUGGGGUGAGGCUAGAAGGAAGGUGACGAAGAGUAUUUAUCAUUUCUGGCUUGCUGGUGGUGAUGGACAAAGUCUUUACUUGAUUUAUCUUGCAGAGGCUGUGUUUCUCACUGGAUACUCUGUUUUUAUUUUUCCGUUCUAAAACUUCUCAUUUCGUUUAAGGUUUCUGGUUUGCAUCAUGUCCUAAACUUUUGGUUUUGAACUUUGUGCUUUAUCGUUUGUUUCGGUUUGUAAACCUUUAUCAACAGUAAUAAGCUGUGUUUCCGAACCAAGGUUUUCAUUUAUAUAAAAAGGGAAGCGUUAGUGA